AUGAGGGUCAGCUCCAAGGAUUGGUUGCUUUCCUUGCACUUCAUGCCGCUGGAGUUUGGCAUGCUGCUGACGCUAUUGGUGUUUUGCGUGGCACCAGCGUAUGCUGUCUGGUCGCUGCUGCUCCUUGCAUCAGGUUGCCUGUGCACAAUGGUGCUGCUCACCCUUCUUCCGCUUGCGCCGUUGAAGGCUGGAGGCACACAUCAUGUUGGUAUUCGCCACAUCACGCGUGAUCUGGCCGUGUACUACCCAACAUUUAUUAAGCCAAUUGAGGGGGAGCCUUGGCUUCCUGGCAAUGAUUCCUUUUACAUCCACACCAUGGCGGAGAGGGUCAGGCUGGGCAAAUUGUGGCUGAAACAUUUGAAGCUUGUGCAGAUUCCCUGCACCCGCAACGCGAGUAUCGUCUCACUCAUGACACAUGACGGUGAACCUCGGAAAGUCUUUAUUAUUAGUCAUACAUUAAAUACGCAUCACUUGGCAUACUCACGACUUGCCUUGGCGCUGUCUGCAUCUGGUGCCCUGGUGUAUAGCGUACUUCAUUCCGAUACCAUGGAUGUUUCCGUUGAAAAAAACAUAGCCCAGACACCUCUAGGUGAGGAUGAAGAAGAAUCGUUGCUGGAACUAGGACUGAGCCAAGAGCUCAUGGAGGCGCAACUGGAAAAACGUGUUGAAGACGUUGUGGGUGUUAUCGAGGGCAUUUCUGCAGGGAAGCUGCUUCGACAGUUGCGCGUUGGGCCCGUGGAAUUACAGUCAUUUAUCUCUGCUGGGAUUAAAUUCAACCUCAUUGGUCAUGGCUUCGGCGCUCUGACGAUGCUAGCUGUCGCCGUGAAGGCCCCCGCAGUCGCCUCCUGCAUUCACUCCGUCACUGCCUUUGAUGCGUGGCCGUUGGGUCUGCUGGAGCGUACUGUGGGAGGCACCGUCUCCAUGCCGCUGCACAUCCGGGUACAGCUCCUCGACUCCGAGGAGUGGUGCGAGCGCCGGGAAUACGUUGCGCGGUCGGAGGAGCUGCGGGCGCAGCUUUCCUCGUCUGGUGUCUCGUGCCUCCGCAAAACUUGCAGUGGGACCGACCACAAGUCCAUCAUGGACAUGGGUUUGCUGCUGCCCUUGACGAAGCGGAAGCGGUUUGCGUCCAAGAAGUCCGCAAAGCUUAUCCCUCUAAUGGCCAAGGAGGUGCUGCAGUUUACCGAGUGA